UUGCGGGCGGCGGCGAUGAGCGACAUCGUGGAGAGGACGCUGACGGCGCUGCCAGGACUCUUCCUCCAGAGCCCGCCAGGCAGCGGGCCCGCGGCGGCCAAAGCGCCCUUCUCUUCGCGGCUGGGCGGCCUGGUCCGCGGCGUCACGGCGCUCACCUCCAAGCACGAAGAAGAGAAAUUAAUCCAGCAGGAACUGAGUAGUCUGAAGGCGACUGUUUCUGCUCCCACAACGACACUGAAAAUGAUGAAGGAAUGUAUGGUAAGACUUAUAUAUUGUGAAAUGCUUGGAUAUGAUGCCUCCUUUGGCUACAUACAUGCAAUCAAGCUGGCCCAACAAGGAAAUCUCUUAGAAAAAAGAGUAGGUUAUCUGGCUGUGUCUUUAUUUCUGCAUGAAAGUCACGAACUGUUGCUUCUCCUGGUGAAUACAGUGGUAAAGGAUUUGCAGAGCACUAACCUGGUAGAAGUUUGUAUGGCACUUACUGUCGUCAGCCAGAUUUUCCCUCGAGAAAUGAUCCCAGCUGUCCUUCCACUAAUAGAAGAUAAACUGCAACAUUCUAAGGAGAUUAUACGAAGAAAAGCUGUUCUGGCGCUGUACAAAUUCCAUCUCAUUGCUCCUAACCAAGUGCAGCACAUCCACGUGAAGUUCCGGAAAGCGCUUUGUGACAGAGAUGUGGGGGUGAUGGCUGCUUCUUUGCAUAUAUACCUCAGGAUGAUCAAGGAGAAUGCGUCUGGAUAUAAAGACCUGACUGGGAGUUUUGUAACAAUCUUAAAGCAAGUCGUUGGCGGAAAGCUCCCGGUAGAUUUUAAUUACCACAGUGUGCCAGCGCCAUGGUUACAAAUACAGCUCUUAAGAAUACUAGGACUUCUAGGAAAAGACGACCAAAGGACAAGUGAAUUAAUGUAUGAUGUUCUUGAUGAAUCCUUGCGAAGAGCUGAGUUAAAUCACAAUAUCACUUAUGCUAUUCUGUUCGAAUGUGUACAUACAGUCUAUUCUAUUUAUCCUAAGUCAGAAUUACUUGAGAAGGCUGCCAAAUGCAUUGGAAAAUUUGUCCUGUCACCUAAAAUAAAUCUGAAAUAUUUAGGACUGAAGGCUCUUACCUAUGUUGUCCAACAGGAUCCCACGCUGGCUCUUCAACACCAGAUGACAAUAAUCGAAUGUUUAGACCAUCCUGACCCCAUUAUCAAAAGAGAGACUUUGGAGCUUCUUUACAGAAUUACGAAUUCACAGAAUGUAACAGUUAUUGUCCAGAAAAUGCUUGAAUAUUUACAUCAGAGCAAAGAAGAAUAUAUCAUUGUCAACUUAGUUGGCAAAAUAGCUGAGCUGGCUGAGAAAUAUGCUCCUGAUAACGCGUGGUUUAUUCAGACAAUGAAUGCUGUGUUUUCAGUGGGGGGAGAUGUGAUGCACCCUGAUAUCCCCAGUAACUUUCUGAGGCUGUUGGCAGAAGGUUUUGAGGAUGAGACAGAAGAUCAGCAGUUAAGAGUCUAUGCGGUUCAGUCAUACCUCAGUUUAUUAGAUGCGGAAAAUGCGUUAAUUUAUCCACAGAGAUUUCUUCAGGUUAUGAGUUGGGUGUUAGGAGAGUAUUCUUACCUCUUAGAUAAAGAAAAGCCAGAGGAAGUGAUAAACAGGCUGUAUAAGUUACUUAUGAAUGACUCCAUUUCUUCAGAAACAAAAGCCUGGUUGAUUGCCGCAGUGACCAAGUUGACACCUCAAGCUCAGACUUCUAGCACAGUGGAGAGAAUAAUCCAGGAAUUCACUGGGUCUUUGGAUACAUGUAUGAGGCAGCAAACAUUCGAAUUAAAGCAUUUGUAUGAGAAUGUAGAAGUUAUGAAGAACUUGCUUCCAGUCAAUAAGAGCUGCGAAGACCUGGUGGUAGAUGCUUCCUUAUCUUUCCUGGAUGGUUAUGUGGCUGAAGGACUCAGUCAGGGGGCAGCACCUUAUAAACCUCACCACCAGCGCCAGGAGGAGAAGCUUUCUCAGGAAAAAGUUCUCAAUUUUGAACCAUACGGACUCUCCUUUUCAUCUGGUUUCACUGGACGACAGUCUCCUGCUGGCAUUUCUCUUGGUUCAGAUAUAUCUGGGAACAGUGCUGAGACAGGCCUGAAAGAGACAAACAGCUUGAAGCUGGAAGGCGUAAAGAAGCUGUGGGGGAAGCAGGGCUAUCUUCCCAAGAAGGAGAGCAAAGCAGGGGAUGAAACAGAGGCUCCACCUGUUCCUGCAGAGAGCACAGCAUUGGAGAAUGUGGACCAAGCUGUACCAAAAAGGGACCAAGCGCAAGUCCUCACCCAGUCAAGAGAAGAGAGAGAGAAGCAGCUGUUGGCGUCGUCAUUGUUUGUUGGGCUAGGAUCAGAAAGUGCGAUCAAUUUGCUAGGAAAAGCAGAUACCAUCUCUCACAAGUUCAGAAGAAAAUCGAAAGUCAAGGAGGCCAAAAGCAGAGACGUGGCCAGCACCCAUAAUCUGACCUGUCCUUCUCUUAAUUCUCUGUCAAACGUGGCCUAUGAAGAAAAUGAUUACUUGACAACUUUGCAGGAUAGAGGAAACACAGAAGCAAAGGAAUUUCCCCUCGGCUCAGAACUUCUGGUUUCAGAGUCUGUCUCCGAGCUGCCUCUGGCCGAGUGCAGCCUGUCUGCACCUGCUUUGUUUGCCGAUAGCGACAUGGAAGUUUUUCACCCUCCUGCGUCUGCUGCAGCUUCUGCAUCUGCUGUGGCUUCAGUGACCACGGAAAUUGCCUUAGCCUCUUCCUUUUUGGAAGAAACUACUGAGGACAUGCGUUCAGGUCCUGUAGAGGUCUGUGGUGAUGAAACCGUGACCGUGUCUUCUUACAAACUCUGGAAGGAGGAUUGUUUACUGAUGGUCUGGUCCGUUGCUGCUAAGAAUGGUUCCGAGUUGAAAAGUGCUAGCUUAGACAUUUUUCCUGCAGAAAAUUUCCAGAUCAGUGAGCAAGCUGGGUGCUGUUUGCCUGUAACAGAAGUGGGAAACACCAAAACUUUCCAGUAUAGCUUGCAAAUGGAAAGCCCUUUCACAGAAGAGACUCUCUCUGGUUCUAUCACUUAUCAGAUGGUGGACACUCAUGCUGUUCAGCUGGAGUUUUCUCUAAACUUAUCACUAUUAGAUUUCAUUCGGCCACUAACAAUCUCAACUGAAGACUUUGGUAAAUUGUGGUUAUCCUUUGCAAAUGAUGUGAAGCAAAAUGUAAAAAUACCAGAACCUCAAGCUUCUCUGCUUUCUGCCCUGAAAACGCUGCAACAGAAACUGAGGCUGCAUGUGGUGGAUGUCCGAGGCAGUGAAGGGCUGUUGGCCUGCCGGCUGCUCCCGUCCACCUCCGGCCUCCUGCAUUGCCGCGUUCACGCUGAUGGAUUAUCUCUGUGGUUUAGGUCCUCCUGCUCUGCUCUUCCGGACUGUUUAUUGUAUCAGUGUCAAAAGGCACUGGAGGGAUCCUAGCAGCACUUGCUGGACUCUGUCAAGAUAAACAGUUUACACAGAGAAACAGAUUUACCAAAGUUAAAGAACUCACGGUACUGCUCGUGAAAAUGGGGGUUAUUACAAAUUGUGAUUUAUGUGUUUGUUUUAGAUUCUUGGUCAAGAAUGAUCCCCGAGAAAGUUUAUCCCUAUACUUUUACUCAGGAUUGUACAGUAUGUUUGGGUCCAGAAAAAUGACCUAAGCUAAAUGUUAUAAAAUGCUAAUGAUUUAUAUUAGCACAAAGUAUAGAGGUACUUACAGAAGUACUUUAGUAUAGAGAUAAUGAAAAUAUCUAUUUUGUUAUAAAUACUUUUAUAACAAGGUUACUCUAACUCUAGCUAAUUUGUAAUAAAAAUAAGGUUCAGUUCUCUGUAUUGGUAGAGUGGAGACGUGAAAUUGAUAAUCCCAAACCUAACUACUGCUUGGCUUUGGAAUGCAGUGUGUUGUGUAGGUAAAUCAGCCCCUCCAAUUAUGUUUUGCUGGGAUGACUGUUGACCUAAGCUGGUAUAGCACACAUGAGCAGUUGUUGGAUAUCCACAGCAUGCUGGAUAGUGGGGGAGAUUCCAUCUGUAGUGUUUUUUACUGUACACAACUUAUUACACAUAAUUCCAGAUAAUUUGGCUAUCAAAUUUACCUAUUUUCCAUUUUAAACCUGAAACUGAAUUACUAGAGCCUUUGCAACAUAUUUCUGUAUAGAAACAGACCCCACUAGAAAGCGAACAGCUAUAAAAGAGUUUUUGGUGUGACCGGCCUUAAGCCAGUUACCACUUUGGUUGUCUGACAAAUUAAAAUUCAUGGCUAGUAUAGAGAUGUUCAGACUCUCUUGCCUGGUGUUUGACUCUACUCGUAUUCAGUGGGUCCAACAGGAGCAGUGACCAGCUGAGUGUACCAAGCAGACUCCGCAGUACAUCAUACUGUGUUUGUGCUAUGGCUGGGUCUGUAUGGCCUCAGUCAGGAUCAUCAUCAGUAAGAAAAGAGGUUCUGUCUAAUCUGUGCAGUGGACCAAAAUCCAGAGAUUGUACUUCAGGUGUUUCUUGUUUUUUUUUUUUUUUUGUACUGGGGAUCGAACUCAUAGUCUAGUGCUUGCCUGCCAGGUGUUUAUGCUGCUGAGCUAAAUCCCUGGCUCUGAAGAUUAUGCUUUAACUAAAGCAGUAUUUUAUAAAACCUUGUGGUGCUGCGGAAAUAAUCCUUAUUUUGUUUUCUGUGAUGUCACCAUGGUAACCCCAUGGUAAGUCACUGUGCUCAGUGCCAGUGGAGCAGUGCAAUUUCUCCAGGUCACUCCUCUUGACCCAGAUGCCACAGGGCCCUAGGGCAGUCAGCAAGGCACAGAGCAUUGCAAACAGAACUGUUGGUUUUGGAUUAAUUUUUAAGUUAUUUUAAAAAUGUAGCAUUUCAUUAAUUUUACUCCUUAAAAAAUGCAGUAAAGCCUUGCUAAGAGAGACAGAUGGCUGCCAGUGAGUGGUGGCAGCAGCUGUUGGGAGACACGUCUGGCACGCAGCACUGUGUGGUGGCGGCAGGUGUGGCCAGUGCCAGGUGUGGCCAGUGCCAGGUGCAGGCCAGAAGCACAGUUCUGGGCAGACCACAGAGAACAUGGCUUCAGUCUCCUUUUCUCUGGACCACUAAUCACAAGUAGGGUAACAGGAUUUCUACUGAAAUGUUUGACAAAGUACUUAUAGUUUUCAUAUUUUUAUGAUUUUAAAAAUAAGCACUGGAGAACAGGUACUGAAGAAGUAUAGAUCAGUCAGCAGGCUGCCUAGACUCAGCAAGUGCUUUCAGUUCUCAGGGGAUGUGGUCCUGGGGGAGGUGGAGGUCUGUGACAGGCUCCUGUGUCCUCUCAGCCGGCUCAGCCCGGGAGGUGGCCCCUGGCAUCAGAGCUCUGGCACGUGAGAGAUGCUCAGCCAGGCGAGUUUCAUGCCAAGCGUCCUUGCUGAGACUGGAGACGUGGGGGAUUCAAGGCCACAGAGAGCCUCCUAGUGGGCCGGGAAGGUGCUUGCCCCACCCCCCAAUAACGCCUGCAGUGGCACGGGGUGGGGACGAAAGAGUCAGUGGGUAUCCAGAUGAUGUGUGUGAGAGCUGGGCCCCCCGCUGCCUGGAGGGUCCUUUAACAGUGUGAUGCCAUCAGCUGCCAAAACAGUCGUGGUCAAAGUACAGUAUUUGCUUUUCUUUUUAUUUCAUGUCGGUAAUAUUUCUCAAAUGUUGAUGUAUGCAUCUCUUUUUAUGGACAAACAUAGUGUUUGUCUCAAGAUUAUGAGCCACGGAAAGUGCACUGAAUCGUACAUGUGUCUUCAGGUGUUGUGCUGUGUUAAAACAGUUAGGAAAAAAUGCAACCGAGUAACACUUACAGCUGGCAUCUGUUACUUUACUUUGGAGCUGAAGUCUGUAAUUUGAAUGUGCUCAGUUAAACAUGCAAUAAAUACAGUGAUCUGGA